AUGUUGACCUCUCAAAAAGAUUCACUCUCCUCUGCCUACAAUCAUAAAAUAGGUCAAAACGAUAAACCAGGAAAUACGAUCAUCCGUUUACCUCCCAUUGCGCAUUCCCUCUCCCGUUACCCAGGUCACCAGAUUUAUCAUCCGGGGGGAGACCACUUUGCUUCCGUAAAUUUUCAAAAUAGAGAUAAUCCCUACUAUGAAACUUUUUACGACAAAUUAGGCUUAGUCAAAGAAAUAAAUAGCCACGCGUAUACCAGAUUAUUCACGCCAUCAUUUACAAUCAUAUCUACCUCCCUUCCUCCUGAGCAACACCCAUGUCGAGAAGCUAUUUAUGCUACCACGACAUCCCUCGUUAUUCAUUCGUCGGAGGAUGGUGGUGGGUCCAGUGGUCACGUAGGCAAAUGCGUAGAACUUUCUCGGGGUUUAAAAGAUAUUUUACGAAGUGUUAGCAAAUCGGAGGAAGGCAUAACCGAGUAUAACUCUACGGGUGAUAAAUAUAGGGUAUCCAUUUUUUCCAACACCGACAUGGGGGAUAGGAUGCCCCUCUUCUCUCCCGUCUCAUUAUCGUUUCCGCCUCUUACCCCUUCACACACUACGAAUCGCUUCAUUAUAUCUCCUACUUACUUGGAAUCAUUGCAAAAUAAUUGCUGCAACUAUCAAAAUGAUACCCAUCUUAGGUUCUUAACGAAGCAACAAAAAGAUAUAAUUUUUAUAAAACAGUCAGUUACCGAACCCUGUUGUAAUAAGAAGUAUCUCAAAAAUUUUCGUACAAGCGAAACGAAUAACUGUUAUCACCUAAACUCCGUAAAUUCAAAUACUAACAACCCACCAUGUCAAGCUAGUGUAUUUAGUCCCUCGUCUUAUACGCUAGGGCCACCACCUAAAUUAGCCUAUAUCAGUUGUGACAUGUCCGACAAUAAAUGGGUGGUAGGAGAAGAUGGGAUCAGAGAUCCCCGAGAUGGGAACGAUUGUAUCCACAAUGAUAUGGAACAACGCAUUAUGAGUAUGAGUAGCAAUAUAGAAAGCAUAAAUAACGUUAUCCCUCGUGGGACCAAUUACCAUCAACGUAAUGGGUCCGUUGAAGGUUCCGUUUUCGUAACCUUGCUCAAUAAAAUUGAGGAACCCUCCGGUUUUAAUAGUUUCGACAUUCCGAAUUCAUUUAAAGUGAUAAAUUCCUUUCAAGAUUCGUUUCAUUCUUUCACAGAUCCGAAAGAGGAAAGAAGAAGAGGUAAAAAUAAUUAUUUUACCUAUCCCUUGGAAGAUAAGAAUUUGAUAGCACUAGAUCGAACUGAAAAUUUGGCAUCAGAUAAAGCAAGUCCUUCAUGUGCCAAAUGUCAUUUGAAGAUAACAGAUAAAUAUAUUUUGAAAGUGGCGAAUGAUUAUUGGCAUGCAUCAUGUCUCAAAUGCAGCGAAUGCGGCGAAUUGCAGGAGAAGAAAUGUUAUUGUCGAGACAAUCAUGUCUAUUGCAGGCCCGAUUUUUAUAGAAAAUACGGUAUAAAAUGUCCAGCAUGCGGAGUGGGAAUUGAACCUGCCACCUCUGUUCGAAGAGCCAACGAUAAAGUUUUCCAUUUAACUUGCUUUUGUUGCGUUAUUUGUUCCAAAACUCUAGACACCGGUGAUCUAUUCUAUCUAAUGGAAGACGGUAAAUUAGUAUGCAAAUCGGAUUACCAAUCAUCUAAAGACCGAGAUUCCGAUUCUGGAAGCAAAAGACCAAGGACAACUAUAACGGCCAAACAGCUGGAAACCUUGAAAAGCGCUUACACUGCUAGCAGCAAACCAGCUCGCCACAUUCGAGAGCAAUUGAGUCAUAAUACUGGUUUAGAUAUGCGAGUUGUACAGGUAUGGUUUCAAAACCGACGAGCCAAGGAAAAAAGGUUAAGGAAAGACGCGGGCCGACUCCGAUGGGGGCAAUAUUUUAGGUCAACAUCCGGUUACGCAUCUAACAAUCAAACCAACCAGACAGCGAAUCGAAUUGGAGACAAUGAUGAUGCAAUGAGUGAUGUCACGUCCUCAAAGGUUGAACAAUCACAGGGAGCCGUCAAAAAAUACGCCAUUAAUCAUCACGAAGAGUUGUCCCGCCUGACACCUUCUUUUUCUUCACAGAGUUCACAGCUAUUGAUGAUGUCCUUGGAUGAAUCUAACGAUCAAAUUAUAUAUGACGAUAACUCCUCUAGACUGAGCUCACCUACGUCCUCUCUUUCUGAUGAUGAUGAAAGAGACACGAACGAUGACAUAGAUGAAGACAAAUACGUCAUAUUGACUCCAGAACCUCCCAAAUAUUCCCAAAAUGUUUUCGAGAAAAUUCCCCAAACACGAAUGGAAAAAAAUGAUUCGUCUACAACGGAGGAUGAUGAAAUUAUUACCAGCGGUCGAAAAAAACCGAAUGGCAAAAUCAAUCACAACCAUAUUAACAGCAAUAAUGAUAACAUUUGUAGCAAUAACUAUAAUAAGGAAAGAAAUGAAAAAAAAAGGAAAAAAAGGAAGAAAACAACUAGCACGGGAACAGGUAUAACUUUGAACCGAGAUAAAACCGAAAAUUCUAAAACAAAAACCGGCGGUAAAUUGGCGAACAAAUUAAGCAAUGGAGACGGUGCGACAAAUCAAAGAAUUAGAGGAUCACUCCUUGUGGAUGAAAAAACUUACGAUCAAAGAAUGUUCUCGGACAACGGUCCUGCUUACAAAACUCAUUUCAUAGACAAAAUAAGCAACCAAUCGAAACCCACUGUUGAUGAUUACGUCACGGAUUUUACUGAUUACAUAAUUAACAUUCCAUCCCAUCAUAAAUCAACUAUGUUAGGGAAAGAAGGAUCGAUAGGCAACUUGGAAUAUAACAGAUUAUACGAUGAUAAUUUUUAA